AUGCAGUCUCCUUUGAUUGCCGCUCGGCAAUCAUUCGUUUCUCUUCCCUUCUUGCUGCCAUCUUGGUGUGAACUGGCCUCACUAUCAGGAAGACGUUAUCAAUCCACCUAUCGGCGAACCAAACAGCGACUUCGCAUCAAGCCAGACGAAUCUUUUAACCCAUCCACAGAAAAGGACGACACCAUCUUGUUCAAUCCCCCAUCGAGCGCGCCAAACGUCUUCCACACUCCAUCUAAAUUCCUUCCAGACUCUGACGUGCGAAAGCCUCUCGCAGCCACAGCUCCUUCUGGAAAACUGCAAGCCGGAUCACCAGAGGAACUCCCCUCGGCCAACAAGCCUACAGACUACAAAAGGACCCAUGUACAGAAUCAUAUAACCCCCGAGGAAGUGAAGGAGAUCCGGAGACUGCGCAUUGAAGACCCGGCCAAGUGGAGCCGGUGGAAGCUUGCGAGGCACUUUGAAUGCUCUCCUCGCUUUAUUGCUAAUGUCUGCGAAGCCAUUCCGCAGAAGCAAAAGUAUGAGCUGCAGCGACAGGUCUUGGAAGCUGUGAAGUCGAGAUGGGGUAAUGUGCGACGCAUGGCGAGGGAAGACCGUAACCUUCGGAGGCAGGCUUGGGCUAGAGAUGAAUGA